AAGAGGAAGGAAAUCAAAGGGGGAAGUGAAGCAAGCAAGAGGACACUACUUCCUCGUAGCCCUAAAUCAAAACAACAUUCGUGCGCAAUGGGCGAGUCUGCAUCUUCGAAAGGGUAUCGUCUAAUUUAACACCUGGCGCACAUUGUUUGUUGCACCAUGCUUCAGCUGAACGACACGAUGGAGCCGGACAGUCCGGGCGCUGCGAUUCUCCACCCUGCAGAGACCGAGGAGGGGGUCGAGGUUGCCUUCACGCCACCGGAGGCCGGGCGAAGCCUCGGACACGGAGCCUCCGUGGCCUGCUGUCCCCCGUUACAAACGCUGACGCCUUUUCAUGUGCAUAACCCCACAAUGCAAGCGAAAGUGAAGGACUAUUUCGUGUUCAGGCCAGGUACCAUUGAGCAGGCUGUGAGCGACAUCAGGACUGUGGCACUCCCUUCUGAGGAUGGAGAGGUGCUCAGCGUCUGGCUGCUAGCUGAAAUUGACCACUGGAACAAUGAGAGGGAGAGGCUUGUGCUUAUAACUGAUAGGUCACUGCUGGUGUGCAAGUACGACUUCAUCAACCUGUUGUGUCAGCAGGUCGUCAGGAUCUCUCUCAACGCUGUAGACACCAUCUCAGUGGGCGAGUUCGAGUUCCCACCCAAAUCCCUUAACAAGAGAGAAGGCUACGGGAUUCGUGUUCAGUGGGACAAACGUCCUCGGGCCUCGUUCUUAAACCGCUGGAACCCCUGGUCUACAGACAUGCCCUACGCCACCCUCACAGAGCACCCCAUGGCCCACGCUGAUGAGAAGGUGGCCUCUCUCUGCCAGAUGGACAACUUCAGGACCCAGCUGGUGCAGGCAGUGAAGAAAGCCUAUAAGGAGCACCCCAUUCCCGGUCGGGCUAACGGUGUCCUGAUACUGGAGAGACCCCUGCUCAUCGAGACCUAUCUGGGCAUCAUGUCCUUCAUCAACAAUGAGGCCAAGUUGGGCUACUCCAUAACUCGUGGCAAGAUCGGCUUCUAAAAUCCACAGUUUCUUUCAAAUACUAAUACUACAGAGUUCAACCCAUGUGUCUGUGUUACACUGCGCUGUCUGAGGGAAGCAGUUGCUUGCGUAAUGCGCAACCUGUGUGUGUAAGUUGAGCCCAUGAGAUGUCCACACCUCCUUAAGUUGGUGUUACAGACAAGUGGUCAGUCUACCUAUGUAGGUAAAUGAAGCGCAGCACUGCAUGGACUGUCUUCAUUUUUUGUCUGUUUUUAGCACCCCCAGUCCCUUUCCUUCAAAGAGCCGCUCGCAGAUCUGCCAUACCCAUGUGGGCCCGCAGGAGUGUAUGCCCAUGUGACAUAAGUUGGUGAGAAAGGACACAGCACUUGCAUCCAUUCAUCACCUCUGUACUUAUUCUAGAUUGAGCUUCUUCUCUCAUGCGCCUUGUUUAACCACUGAUUGAGAGACUGUCAAAACUAAUGUAAAGUUUAGAUUUUGGUAGAAGAACUUAAACAUUAGGGUUGUUAUUUAAGGGUUAAGGAUGUGCUUUGUUUGGGCUUGUUUCUGCAGCCAAACAGGCCACCCAGAGGAGAGCAGUGAAACAUAAGCCAAAAAUAUGUUCCAGAUUUGCUGCAUUAAUAUGGUUUGAAAUGAAGGAUUGCAUUAUUCAGAUCACAGGGCCAUAGGGUAGCUUCACAGAAUAUCAGCUGAUGGAUUGAGUUUAACAGUCAUGUCACAUGCUUAUUGUAAUAAAUGAUACUAAUAGGGAAACUGUUCCAGGAUCUGCACUGCUAUACGGAAAAGCCCUGGGCUCAGGUAUGUUACUUGUGGAAAAUAACAGCUGGAAUAUUUCUUUAGCAUUCAUGAAACUUGUUCAGUGGAGAUGAUGAAUUACAUGUUGUGACCUCCCUCUCUUAUUGGCCAAUGUUGUGCUCUCCAUGCUUACAUUCGCCUAUAUAUGUCUUUGCUCAGAGUAGGGAGCUCAUGUACCACUUGGAGAGCUGCAUUAGCUACUAUAGCUAAAAUGUUAUUGUAUGUUACAGAUGUUUAAUGCAACAUGAACUUGUAAAUCAUGUCUUUAUGCUUGCUUGUAAGUUGCCUUAAAUGUCCUGCAUUUGUUUUAAGCACACAUUUGCACAUAAUUGUGUCCCAAAAUGCCUUUUUCUGGCCUUGUGCAUGCUCCCUGCACGUUGAGGUUGCAUGACAGAUGUUUUUUAAGGAAUAUUCUAAAUGGAUUUGUAAUACAAAUUAGGUUUUAUUUAUCUGCUGUUAUUUUUUGCAAUAAACUCAUCAAGGGUCCUAGAAAAAAUAUAUUUCAUUGCCAGUUGUGAAGUAUUUCAUUUAAUGAUUUUAAAAGAGACGAACUUGUUAUUACAAACAUGUGAAGGCUUACUUUUUGUUCUGUUAUAUUUGUAGCACAGUGGCCACAAUGGAGAAUAAUAAAUGCCUACAUGUU